GAGCAGCUGUAGCCGCUGCGUGCGACAGGGAAAGCGUAGAUGAAUUGUUCCUGCGUUCGCCGGGUUCAAGCGCGGCGAGAAGCACCCAGAGGAAGAGACGAACAGGUAGUUCAAGGGAGCGGGCAGGUCGUAGUGCCACUAACUGCGAACGGCCACGCAGCUCAGCCGUUACCGCUACCUCUGCUUUAAACUUCCCGCGCGUCACUCGCAGCGCCGCUGGCUGCGUUGCCGAUUCGCCGUCGCAGUUUCCAGGUACCGCGAACGGGAGAGGCGUCGGAGAGUUGAGGUCGCUGCGUCUCCCAUCGGACCAGUACUGAGCGUGGCCGCUUGCUUUCCGCUCCUCGUUUCUUCGGGUCCGCCGCAGGGUCGGUGCCUCCGCCGGCAGCGGAGACGAAUCUGCUGGGCUCGUCCUGUCGCUAGCGCAGUUUGGCGGUUGUCAGGGUGAAACAAGAUGGCGGCCGCAGCGACGGAGGAGGACACGGAGCUGCGGGACCUGCUGGUGCAGACGCUGGAGAGCAGCGGGGUGCUCAAUAAGAUUAAGGCAGAGUUGCGAGCAGCUGUUUUUUUGGCAUUAGAAGAACAAGAGAAAGUAGAGAACAAAACACCGCUGGUAAAUGAAAGGUUGAAAAGUUUUUUAGGUACAAAAGAUGGUCGUUUGGUCGCAGGGCUCGUUGCAGAGUUUCUACGGUUUUUCAAUCUUGAUUUUACAUUGGCUGUUUUUCAGCCUGAAUCAAGCACAUUAAAUGGCCUUGAUGGUCGAGAAAACCUGGCUCAUGAUUUGGGUAUUACAGAAGCUGAAGGUACUGUAGGUGGUCCUCUGUUGUUGGAGGUUGUUAGGAAAUGUCAGCAGAAGAAGAUUUCAGGCAGUGGAGAAGUGGCUGCAGUUCUAAGUGACUGCCUGUGCCCUACAUCAAAAUCAUCGGAUGAAAGAUCAAGUACACAUUCUAUACCAAAUAAGGCUGCUGAAAACACGCGAAGUGAUACAAGUGUCUCUUCAGGGGAAGUAAGCAAAGGAAGCAUUCAUUUUAUGCCUAAUGAAACAAAACUAGAUCCUCAACUAGAAAACAGAGACUUAAAUACCAAAGUAAAAAGUGAUACAGCUGUGGAUGAAGAUGAUGCAGAGGGAGAUUCUUUCUUUGAUGAUCCUAUACCCAAACCAGAAAGAACUUAUGGCUGGAAAACUGAAGGUAAUAAAGCAGGAGGUCUAGCAUCCCUCUCUGAUGCACCACCUCUAAAAACUGGAUUAAGCUCCUUGGCUGGCGCACCUUCACUAAAGGAAUCUGAUAAUUUGACUAGAAACUCUGUUUUGAAAGACCUGCGGUUGGUCAAUGCAAAACUGGGAUCACUAGAACUAGGAAAUGGAGAUGACGAUGAGUAUGCCGAUGACUUCAACAGUACCAGUCAUCGCUCAGAAAAAAGCGAUAUCAGCAUUGGUGAGGAAAUAGAUGACCUUUCUGUGGAAACAGAAGAAUCAAAUGCCAGUGAUAAACUUGAAGUCAUCACACAAGACCUUACCAUUUCUCAAUUAAGUGAUGUUGCAGAUUAUCUAGAAGAUGUGGCAUAGAAUUGGACAGCAAAAUUGGACAGCAUUGUGCUGGACUGGCAGACUGCUGUGGACUGCUAAUUUCAGACAAUCACUUCUUGCUGGAUAGUCCACUCCCUACUUGUGCCUUGUUUCAAAAAGACUGGUGGAGAAGGCUUUUAAAUAUUCUUAACAAGAACUGAAUGAAAUACCAUGUUCCCAUUUGAGUCUGAUACCAGAAUUAUUUUCUUCAUUUGGUUCAGUCAAACCUUUUACAACAGGAGAUGGAUUUUCAGAGCAGAAUGUCGGCUGCUGGCAGCGGGCAUAACAACACCCAAUUUGAGACGAGAACAUCUACAGAGAGGCAUGUGGCUUUAUAAUGAACUUGCACUGUUGUUGUAACAGUCUGAUUUUUUUUUUAAUUGAAGGAUAACCAAAGCAAGAACCUUCAGAGGUAAUGGUUCAACUCACACUUCCUUUAACACGAUUUUGUCAAGUCAGCAUGUAAAUCUAGCCACAAUACUAAUUGCUCCAGACUUACUUGAAACUGCUGUUUUUCAGACUCUUCUGAAUAUUGAACUUUUUUUUUUUAAGGCAUAUCAAAUUGAGAGUAUCUAAACUCUCAGCUCUGACCUUGGCUAAAUUUAGGAGCUAAAUUUAGCGCUGGUCUUAACUCCAAAUGUUCUUGUUUAAAUCCGUUUGUCAGACCAUUCAUGUUAAGAUGAUAAUAAUUGCAGCAAUGUUUUCUGUCAUGAAAUCAUGAAAAGUAGUUCUGUAAGGAUCCACAAGUCAUUAUAUCUUAAGUUUUUAACAGUGUGGUAAUGAUUUGUGGGGCUUUCAUUACAGAGGCCUCUUCAUGUGCUGUAAAGCUCACCUUUCUUCUUGAAAGUCCUUGUUAUGUAAAAAUGAGCGCCAAAAAGUGACACCACCAACCUUCUGGUUUUCAAAUUCUGACUGCUGCACAGAAUUAAAUGCAAAUACUUAAAAAUACCAUACUAAAGGCAUUAUGGACACUAAGCUGUAGCUAAGGGCAAAUCCUUGUGUUUUCAUUCUGCUUUUGCAAAACCAGGGUUGAGAAUGGAAAAAUCAAGUUCUUUAACAGCACUGUUGAGUGUGGCGCUGCUGUAAGGUAUCGGUCCUGGACAUUUGUAAUACUGAAACAAGACUUCAAAAUGUGCACUUUCUGAACACCUUUGGAAAUACCUUUGUAAAUGAACACAAGUUUUUCAUUAGGAUUUGUAAUUCUUUUUCAGGGACACAGCCUCUCACCAGUGGUCACCACAGCAGAAGUAGCGUGCUAAACUAAAGCCAUUGGUUGUCAUAUAUAGCUGCUACUAGCAGUGGAUGCUGACUUUUUGGUUUGGUUUUUUUUGCACUGAGCCAGCAGGCAUGGAGCAGUGCUGGAGAGUUAGGCUUGUACAGUUACAGAAAUGAUGUGAGAGCUGAGAGGAAUAGUGUGCCUUUUAUUUAUGUGCACCCCAAAACAAACAGCAAAAAAAGGCGGAAUAUUUAGUCAUGGUGUUAGCUUUUAACUUGGUGCCAUAUUGUAGCAUCUGAACACAGAGGAGAAUUAUUUAUUUUUUUGCUCACCCCAAAACAUCAACGUGCCAUAGACUUUGAAUAGCAACAAUGUUGUAAGAUGAUAUUAUGCUUCCUGUGUAAAAAUUUCCUUUAAGUUUGGGGUGGGGGGGGAACCUGUGCCUCAAGAUACUACAUAUGAAAAGUUUGGAUUGGACUUCUUUUUAAUAUAUAUUUUUUUUAAAGAGCAACAGCAUGUCUGAAGGAAAUAAAAUUCCACUUGAACAUCUGGGAUCAGUGAUUUCUGGCAUUCAUUUUUAAGGUGUAUGGAAUAAUGCAGAGACAGCGUUGUUUACUUUUCUACAUGUCUUGGGAAAACACGAUGUUCUGUUAGCUGUUGGCUGGAAGAUGUGGCAAUGAAUCAUACCAAAAGAAGCAGAAAUUUUAUUAAAUGAUUUCUAAUUACAUUUGAAGAUGUUGCCUUUUAAAUAACUGAUUAGCUGUUUUAAGUGUUGACAUUGCUUUUGUUAACAGCGGUGGUGUUCUCUUACCUUGGGAGUUAAUUGGAGACUUUGCGCUUUGGCUCUAAUGUCAAGAAGUGCCAAAGAAGUGGGAAGUCUCUGUGCUGUUCCUCCUGUGGGCUUUUACUGAAUUGUGUAUAGUAAUCCCAAACAUUCAAAUUGCAAAAUAAAGCUGUUGUGCUGGCUAA